GUUCCCUAAUUAGUAAGCAAGCAUUCCUUUCCGAACACAGCUUCAGUGCUUAUUCUCAGUCACUUGCUUCCACUUGCCCUUUGGUUUCUACGGGCUUAGCAUCUGUACAAUAUCUGUUAUGACUAUGAUUAUCAUAGUUUUCCGGCUUUAGCUGGGGAUCAUUUACAGCCAUACUUUGUUUUAUUGAAACUUGAUCUCCGCGCAUGCUUUCUAAUUUUUCAUCUCUUUCACGUUUCCACCUCUAGCUGUUUAACUGCUCUGAAGCAUUCUGAGAUGCGUUUCUGUGUUGUUUGAAAGACUAUUUUACUUUUGAGUAAGUCAAACAGCUUUAUCACAGGUCGCAAACAGAAAUCAGGUUGAGAAUCGCACUAAUCUUCACAGGCUGCUGUUUUUCUCAGCUAUGACAGGCUGCUUCCUUUUUUCUUACAUCCUGUUUCUCUCAUCCCUUUCCCUCCCUCCCUCUGUCUCUCCUUCCUUCCCCUUUGUGCCUCGUCUUUCACUAGGACAACAAGAGCUCCCCUCUUCUGCCCCCAGACCUGUUAAAGACUCUGGCGGACUUUGAGGAGGAGGAGGAGCUGCUCUUUACUAAACCUCAUGAUUUCUACCAGGCCUUGGCUGGCCCUCUUAAUUCUGCUCCUGGAAGGAACAUGUUUCUGCCAAAUCAGUCCCGACUAGACAGUGGAGCUGAUGUGAUUGGUCAAUCCUCUCUUCUCCCCCGAUUUUCCAUUCAGGAGAACUCCUACCAGAACAGCAUUUUUAGCGAAGCCUAUGGUAAAAAUAUGGCUCCUGUGUCUAAGCCGGACAUACCCAUGAUGCACCAGGAGCCUUCACUCUACUCCCUGUUUGAAGGAAAUCCAUGGUCCCCUUCCAUUCCUGCUAGCUCAGAUCAUUCUACACCAGCCAGUCAGUCCCCUCACUCUUCCAACCCAAGCAGCCUGCCUUCCUCCCCUCCCACCCACAGCCAUGGCUCUCUGCCCUUUUCCAACUUCGGCCCCAUUGGGACGCCAGACAGCAGAGACCGCCGUGGUACCGAUCGCUGGAAGGCUGAGAAAACUGGUGUGAGCGGCUUUGGGUUGGACUACCUGCCUUCUGCCUCGUCCUCCUCUGUGACCGAUACCAACAGCUGGCACCAGGGGGCGCAAACCAGCAGCUGGGCAGCCCAGGACAUGCCAAUGGAGGACUCCUCCACUGUCCUCCUUGACAGUUUCAAGUCAAUCUGGUCGAGCUCUAUGAUGCAGCCCGGUCCGUCUGCUCUGGAGCAGCUCCUGAUGCAGCAGAAACAGAAGCAGCAGCGCGGUCAUGGCAACAUGAACCCGCCACACUGAGAGUCCACAGGAAGACGCACAUGUGUGAAACAUGAUUCAACAAAAGAGGUGAAACACCACAAGCUCCAAUCGGAAAUUUCCGGCAUUACCUGCGCGCAGAAGCUGGAGACGGCAAACGAUGUGAAGCGACAGGCUCAAAACGAACCGCUCGCCUGACCGACGAGGGACGUGCAGCCCUCUCCUCUCCUCUAUCUCUCUCACUCACUCUGUCUCUCUCCCUGUGAGGGCGUGCAAGCACCUGACCCGUCACGCUGCUCCGCACGUAGCCGCUGCAGAACACUGACUCUGAGGGGGACAAACUCUCUCUGAUUGCAACACCUCUCUUCCUCUGGGGGGGGGUCAAAGGUCAUUCUCCUGUCUCAUCUGGACUUAAGACUCUGGACUAGACACCCUCAUGCCCCCUGCUUAAAUCUCUCUCUGUGACCGGCUCGCCGUACGUUAAGGAGUUGGGUGUGUGCGUGUCAGAAAGGGAUGUUUAUUGACGGCAGACGUGGUAAUACGAGGGACAAAAAAAGCAAGAAGGACUGGUUUUGUGUUUUUAUUCCAAGUCUGGAUUCAUUUUCUCAGAGGGAUUCCUGUCGCUGUGUUCAGAAUAAAAAAUAAAUAAAUAAAAAAAUGAAUGAAGGAUGAUGCGAACAGCAUGAAAGUGCACUUCUAGAGAAUGUGCUCGGAUAUUAGAUUGACACAGGCAUGGAUCAUGGUGUUGUCAUGUACAGUCUGUUGUUUUGUAAGAAGAGUUCGCAGAACGGGACAGGGAACGUCUCUAAAGUUCGAACCAUUAUGAAGCUCAUAGCGACAUUAUAGCUCGAUCAGUAUCAAGCGGAGUUGGGGGUUAGACUAUAGAUGUAGGAUGUAGUAUCAUUAGCUGCAAUAGAGACUGCAUUUAUUAACAAUACUGUAUUUUGUGACUUGUUCUGUAGCAGUUUUAGCUCUCUGAAAUAUUAUUCAGUAAAUAUGUUGAAUAGUUUACUGCUAACGGGGGAGUUCAUUCGCUAUAAAUGUGUGCUUCCCCUUUUCCCUCCUCUCCUCAUUACUUUAUUCUCUAGCUUAAAUGCAUAACGGCUUCUUUUGUUCUUGUUCUGCCUUUUUAUUAAUAGUUUUAAGCUUUAUCAGCUCUCUUUGUGCCUGGUCUGUGUUUUUGCUCUUCCUUUUUUUGUUCUUUCUCUAUUUUUGUUUUAAGGAAUCGUUAGCAUCGGAAUCACAGUUGGCACUGUAGGGGUGAGGAGAACGGGGCUAGCUGUGACGCUUGUUAGCUCGGCAGAAAGGGAUGUGAACCGGUGAAACUCAAUUUCCCACAGCCACUGUACUCGGUUUAAAACCACAGAACGUACCUCCGAAAAGACCCUCAGCUCCCGUUACACUUAGCACUAAAAAGUCGUCUCUGAGGAAGAGCGUCAAGCCCGAUUACUGCUUCAUUCUGAAAUCUUGUUACGUAUAUGAUCGGUUGCCUUGGGUUAGCGUCACAUGGCCAUGUUUCUCAAGCUAGAAAAGGGACAAGUCGUCAUAGACGCCCUGUUCGCAGCCUGUUUGGUUUUUUCUUCGAAGUAAAAAGCAAAUAUUGUAACUGUUCUCUUUUUAGUAGAGGAUAUAGCACUGAGUAGGCCUUUGAGACCUUGUGUGGGUGCCACUCUCUUUGGUAGAGAUGUUCUGGGGCCAGGGGUUUGCGUUGGAUAGGCUGAAAUAUCUAGAAAGCAUUCACAGUGGUCAUUUCUUCCUGGUUAAGUAAGAUGUUUUUGUUCGGCGAAGGUUAUAUGAAAGACAUACUCUCUCGUAUGAUGAGAAUAAAGCGUGUUUUUAUUUUUGAGUAGAGAACAUUUUAUUAAAGACGAACUUUAAAUGAUGUGUCUAUUUGCUGUGUGAUUGUGCUUCUCUUGUUGCAUUUAAAAUUGUAUAAAAAAAAUAGAGGAAUAAAUGAUUAAAUGGAACCAUAAAAGUUGAGUUCAGUCUAAGUAUCAUCUGCGGAAGAAUCUACAAGCAAAGUUUCAGUGGGAGCCGUGUGCCCCAUUUUGUUCAUCUUUUGUUUUCCUAUUAAAAUCGUUCAGCAAGUUUCAGAAGCCAGUGCUCUGAUUGGUUGCUGUGGAUGCCCAAUAUUCUUAUAUUCUUUUAUUUUGGAUGACUUUUGGUGCACGGUCUUGUGUGGAUGUGCUUUUUUCGAUACCCUCUAUCUCAAUGCAUUGUAAAUGUGGAUUUUUCCCCUGUUGUUCAGUAUUCCUUUUUUUUUUUUUUAUUGUGGCUUCUGUAGUGACGUACAUUACAAUGCUGAUCACAGGACAACAGCCUUGUGCCUCUGGGCCGUAAUAUAACAUUCCAAUAGUAAAGCUAAAAGAAAAUAUAACAGCCAGCUUUUUACAUUCAAAUUACCACUAAGACAGUUUGUCCCGACCCUAAAUUCAGUCUGUCACUGAUUCUGCAUGAAAUCCAUAUUUCAGAAUGCCUUGUAUUUUGGAUGAGGGAGAUAUCCAGUCAAGGGAUUUUUUUUUUUUUUUUUUUUUUUUUUUUUAAGAGGAUUUUGUCAGGGAAUAGUUGGGGGUGAGGAUAUCUCCUUCUAUAAUGGGCUUGAUUUAUUGUGUUCUUGUCUCUUUGUGGACACUUGUAAACUGGAAUCAGCUAUGCCUUUAAUAAAAUAAACCAUGUCCUCAUA